CCUGUGUGUAGCAUAGAAAACUGCCCAGAUCUCUCUGUUACGCUUCUAGCGCAUUAUGGCAGAAAACGAUAAUCAUAAUAGAAUGACAUUUGGCGGUGGGUGUUUUUGGGGAAUGGAGAAACAUUUCAGGGAAGAGUUCGGGUCUGCUAUUAGAUCGGUUCAGGUUGGCUAUGCCGGUGGCACGCUCGCGAAUCCCACCUACGAGAAUGUCUGUCAGGGCGACACCGGGCAUGCCGAGGCGAUAACCGCCAUCUACGACCCCGAAAAAGUCUCUUAUCGCAAGCUGUUGGACUUCUUCUGGAGUAUCCACGACCCAACGACAAAAAAUGCGCAAGGAAUGGACAGGGGGACUCAAUACAGAUCUGUAGUGUUUUAUCACACACCUGAGCAAAAAACGGAAGCCGAGAACUACAAGAAGGAACUGCAGGCGUCCAAGUUCAACAAACCCAUCGUCACCGAGAUUGUAGAAGCCACCACCUUCUAUCCGGCCGAGGAAUAUCAUCAAAACUACCUAAAAAAAAAUCCUCAUGGUUAUUGCAACCAUUUCCGAAGGUGGACGCAAAACUAGUCUGAGGGCUGAGCGCUGAGUGCAUGUUCCGCCAGGGAGUUAGUCCAUAAAGCGCUGCUCGCCCCUGUCACAAAUUCCUGAAA